GGACCUAUGGCAGCUGAGGGCGGAGUUUUCUCGUCUCUCGUCGUCUCUUCUGUCCAGCUGUGACUCUGUCUCCUCCGCCCUGAGACUCAAUGCUCCUCACAUCCAACUCUCCCCCUCCUCCUCCUCUCUGCCUCCCCCUGACCUCGCUCCCCCCUCUCCUCUCUCCUCCACUCUGCUCCUCCCUCAUCCAGACUCCUCGGACUCUGAGCCUCCUCUCGUCUCCUCUUCUUCUCUGGGAACCUUCGUGUUGGCGGAGUUGGAGCAGAGGAGGGAGGAGCUGGAGCACCCCCUGCAGGAGACUGAAGUGUCACAGCUGAAGGAGCGGAUUGUGGAGCUCUCUCGCUCGCUGCAGGAGGAGCAUGUUCUGAGGGAGGAGAGAGAGAGAGAGGUAGAGAGGCACAGAGAGACAGAGAGAAGUCUUCAGUCCGUCAGUCGAGCUGUGAUCAGUCUGUCCAGAGUCCUGAGCAGCUGCAGUCGUUCUGUGUGUGUGUCCUCGGACAGCGUCCUCAGUCUAGACCUGUCCUCCCUGCUGUCUGUCCUGUCUCAGACAGAGAGCACCCUCCAGAGGAGACACCAGGAACUGCAGGGGGCGGAGCUCUCUCUGCGGCGGCUCAGUGAGGAAAACACAACCCUGCAGCUCCGACUGAAACAACUGAAAGACGACAACCAGCAGCUUCAGACACACACAAAACACUCUCAGCUGGAGCUCACACACACUCUGGACACACUGAGCAGGGAGCGCGAGAUGUUGUCUUCGCUGCGUCUGCAGGUGGAGGAGGUGCAGAUGAGCGAAGAGGAGGUGAGGAGGGAGAACAACAGACUGAGGAGUGAGAGAGAGAGACAGGAGGAGAGGAACAGACGCCUGGAGACAGAAACACACAGACGGUACCCUGCCUUUAUCAGAAGAGUUGAGACGGAGUUGUUGGAGAAUGUUCAGCUGACGGAGAGAGACUCUCUUCAGCGGAUGGAAAUUCACACUCUGAAGGGGGCGCUGGAGAGAGAGCAGCUGGACAAGCAGAGAGCAGAAGAAGAGACUGCGGACGCCAGAGACGCUCUGCAGAAGUCCAGGGAGUGUGUUCUACGUCUGUCGUCCGUCGAGUGUGCGUUGAAGCAGGAGGUGGACGAGGGACGUGACGCCGUUGACAAGAUGGCCACCCUGAACUCGGCCUUGGAAUCAGACAAGCGAGAGCUGAACAAACAGCUGCUGCAGCUGGGGUGUGAUCUGACAGACAGCCAAUCACAGCUGCACGCUCUGAGGUCAGAGGUCAGCUCUCUGCACAAAGAGGUCAAGACCCUCAGCAGCGACUGCAGCCAACUCAGAGCUCACAAGGAGCUGGAGGCCGACAUUGUUCAUCAACUGAGAGAAAGAGGGUCAGAGAUGGAGAGAAUAAUGGAGGAGAAGAAGAGAGAGUUGGCCUCUCUGAUGGAGGAGAGAGAGAAGGAUGGACGGCAGCAGGAGGAGAUGUCCUCUAGGUUUGCAUUGGUGUGUGCGGAGCUGAAGGAGGCGCAAGAGCAGCUGCAGCGGACGAGAGAGAAGGAGAGGAAGAGAGAGCAGGAGGAGCAGGAGAGAGAGAGCAGGAGGCAGCAGGAGAGAGAGAGCAGGAGGCAGCAGGAGGACAAGGAGCUGCUGGAGCUCAGGUCUCUGUCGGUGUCUCUCCACCAGCAGCUCGCUCAGCAGCAGAAACAUCUGUCGCAGUCAGAGGUCGACAGAUGUCAGCUGAUCACACACGUUCAAACCGUACAGGACGUCAAACAAACCCUGCAGGGAGAGAUGGCGUGUCUGAGAGAAGAGCUAGAGGAAAUGACAGCCAGGAGAGAAAGGAGUGAGGAGGAGAGGGAGGUGCUGAAAGAGAAGAUGGAGAGACUGACAGAGGAGGUGGAGGAGCUGAGGAGAACAAGGAUGGAGGAGGAAGAGGAGAGAAAAAAGGAGAGAGCAGCCUGGCAAAGAGAAAGGGAGGCUCUGAAUGAGGACUUGGGGAUGAGGGAUGGAGAGGUGGAAGCACUGAGGAGGCGCAAAGAGGGAUUGACUGAGGAAAAGGAGGAGAGGCAGAGGGAGGUGGAGAGACUGACUGGGGAGUUGAUGGAGAGGACUAUGCAAAUCAGCCAGAUGAUGGAGAGAAUACAGCGAGCAGAGAGAGAGAGGGAGAACCUGGAGGAGGAGGUGAAGAAGACAGAGCUGAGUUUAAGAGAGGAGGAGGUGAGGAGGGAGGACAGGAGGAGAGAGGACGAGAGGCAGAAGGAGAGAGAGAUUGAGGCACUCUGUGACCGGAUGGAGAGAUUAGAGAGGGAGAAGGAGGAGAGAGAGGGGGAGGGGGAGAGAUGGAGGAUGAGAGUGGAGGAAGUGGAGGAGGAGAUCAGCACACUGAGAAAACGAGAGGAGGAAGAGAGGGGGACUGUUGAGCGACUGCUUGGCAGAGUGGAGGAGGUGAAGAGGGAGAGAGAGGAGGAGAGGAAAAAAAACGAGAGACUGAAAGAGGAGAAGGAGGAAGCUGUAGGAGGACUGUCGAAGAGGCUGAAGGAGAAUGUGGGGGAGAUGGAGCUUCUGAGGGUGAGGCUGAACGUGGCGAAGGAGGAGUAUGAGGAGGUGAAGGAGGAGGUGCAGCGGAGGGAGCGCAGCCUGGAGCGACAGAUGAACGCCGUGAGAGAGAGGGAGGAGGAAGUGGAGGAGCUGAAGGAGCGACUGAGGCUGUUGGAGGAGCAGGAGGAGGAGGGAGUGAGAGAGCAGGAGGAGGUGAAGGAGAAACUGAAGCUGAUGCAGGAGAGAGAGGAGCAGCUGGAGAUACUGCUGAGAGAAACCCAGGAUCUCCUGGAAGAGGAGAGAAGAGAGGGAGGAGAAAAAGAUGACAGGAUCUCCCUCUUGGUUAGAGAGCUGCAGGAGGCUCAGGCCGAGUCCGAUGGAGUGAAGAGAAGAGUAAGAGAGGACGAGGAGGUAAACGACAGGCUAGAGGAGGAGGUGAAGGAGUGGAGAGAGAAGGUCAAGCUGAGUACGACAGAGUCAACAAAGAUCAGCAGUCUUCUAAAAGAACGAGAGGAGGAGGUGCAGCAGCUGAGAGAGGAGAGAGAGGAGGAGAGGAAAGAAAAGGAGGAGGAGAGGAGAGAGAGAGAGGAAAGGAGAAGGAGGAUGGACAUCAAGCUGAUGGAGUUGGAGGAGGAGAAGAGGGGGCUGGAGGAGGAGCGASAGCAAGAAAGGGAGGAGAAGAGGAGGCUGGAGGAGAAAGUGAAGGAGGUAAAGGAGGAGCAGGAGGAAGAGAGGGAAGAAAAGAGGAGGAUGGAGAACAGACUGAGGGUGAUGCAGGAGGAGAGAGAGGUCGAGGAGAAGGAGUUGUGGAGGGUGAAGGAGGAGAAGAGGAGACUUGAGGAUAAACUGAAAGAGAGGUUGAAAGAAAUGGAGUUACAGAGGGAGGUGCUGAGAAGUAAAGAAGAGGAGAAGAGGAAGCUAGAAGAUGAAGUGAAGAAGACCAAAGAGGAGCAAGGAGAAAAGAGAGAUCAGCACCUGCUGGUGGAGGAGCGAGGGAGGGCCAGAGUCAGAGAGCUAGAGGAGGAGAAGACAGGACUGAUGGUGGAGCUGAGGAAGAGAGAGAGGGAGGUGACAGCACUGAUGGAGGAGGUGAAAAGAGAACAAAGAGAGAAGAAGGAUGCACAAGAGGAGGUCCAGAGGGAGCAAAGAAGGAGUGAGGAGACCCUUGAUAAGUGGAGGCAGACGGAGGAAAUAGAGGAGGAACUGAGAAGGAGUGAAAGGGAGGUGUCUUUACUUACAGAGGAGGUCCAAGAAGCACAGAGGGAAAAGAAGGGGGUGCAGAAGGAACUAAUGAGGAGGAGAGAAGAGGUGACAGAUCUCAGAGAGGAGUUGCAGAGGGAGAGAGAUGGAGCACAGGAGGAGCUGAGGAGAAGGAGAGAGGAGGUAACUGGAGCACAAAGAGAGAAGGAGGAGUUAGAGGAAAAGCUGAAGAGGAUGGAGGGGGAGAUGAUGGCUCUGAGGGAGGAGGUGCAGAGGGAACAAAGAAAGAAUGAGGAAACCGAAGAGAAGCUGAGGCAGACGGAGGAAGUACAGGAGGAGCUGAGGAGGAGAGAGAGGCAGAUGUUUGUACUAAGAGAGGAGGUACAAGCGGAAGAGAGGGAGAAGAAGGGGGUGCAGAAGGAGCUUAUGAGGAGGAUGGAGGAGAUGACAGCUCUGAAGGAGGAGGUGAAAAGAGAACAAAGAAAGAAGGAGGAGACAGAGAAGAAUCUGCGGAGGACAGAUGAAGAGGUGAUAACUCUCGGAGAGGAGGUGCACAGGGAGCGGAGGAGGAGGGAGGAGGUGCAGGAGGAGCUGAGAGGAGCUCAGCAGAGUGUAGAGGUGAUGACGGAGAACCUGCGCUCCCUGCAGAGUCAGGUGUGUGACCUGAAUCGGAGCAAGGAGCGAUCUGAGCAGGAAGUGAAGGAGAAGGAGCAGGAGAGGCAGCAGAUGAAGGAGGGACUGAGGGAGGCGCUGGAGGAGAUGACCAAACUCAAAGUGCUCCUGCAGGAGAGCCACACAGAGGGAGAGCGACUGAGGACCGCUCUGAAGGACAAGAAAGAGGAGGUGGAGAACCUGAGGACGGUCAGAGAGGAGGUUGAGCGACAGAGGGAGGAGGUUGAGAAGGAAAGAGGACAGUUGGAGGAGCUGAGAGCAAGAACCAAGGCCCUGGAGAGGAGGAGGAGGGAGGUGAUAGAGGGGCUGGAGGAAGCUCUUCAUGCUAAGGAGAAGGCAGAGGAGUACAGGAGGGAGGCUGAGGAGUGUUGGAGGAGUAGAUUGGAGGAGAUGGAGGAGGAAAAGCGGGUGAAGCUGAGAGAAAUCCAGACGGUGAAGGAGAGACAUGAGGAGGUGGUGAAGGAGUGGACGGCCAGGAGGGAGGUGGAGGAGAGCAGGGCUGAGCUGAGACGGGUCAGAGCCACAGCGGCCAUGUUGGAGGAGGAGAGAGAUGGACAGGAGGAGGAGGAGCAGAUCACGUCUCUGCUGCAGGAGAAGAAGGAGGUGAAGAGGCUGCUGAGGCUCCGAGAAACUGAGGUGAAGAAAAGAAAAGUUUAGUUGCUGCUGAUGUUCAACGUCUCUGAUCACA